AUGGCUUCCCUACCCCUCAAUGAUACCCAACUCUCCCUCCGAUCCGCCCUCUCCAAAACCGCCAACUCGCCUACUUCCAGCCCGACAGCCUCGAAUCCUCCCCUCCAUGCCUCGAAUAAUGCGCGGCAGAUUGUAAGGCUCGUGCAGUGCCCGCAAUGUUCAAAACCUCUCCGAGAACCCGUCACGUUGCCAUGCGGGAAUUCCUUAUGCAAGAGAUGCAUUCCUGAGUCGCAUCUGCGAAAGAAUAUAACCUACCCAGCCACAGCGAAUCGGCUGCAAGGCUUCUUAUGCCCAUUUUCUGGAUGCCGGAGAGAACACGCUGUGGGCGAUUGCAGUGUGAAUGUGGUGCUCAACAAUAUGAUGGAGCUUGCGAAAGAAAACAUAGAUAGAUACAGGAAUACAGCAGAAGCAUCCGAGGUUUUACUACAGGUUGAGGAAAGAGACAAAUGGUCCAUUGCCGGUGUAUCUUCUUUGCGGGAUGCUGAAGUACGAGUUCAAGUCUUGCGUGGCGGACGUCUUGCCUCGACAUACGCUAUGGCGGAAAUGGGCGAGCUGGCAUACGAUUCGGAAGUAACUUACACCGCAAUGUUUCCCGGGAACGACAAUUCUGAAGUGGUGGACGCUGUGUUACUGGAUCAAUUAAAGGAAUUGACAAGAGCGGAGCUGGAUUGUCAGGUCUGCUAUGGCCUAUUCCUAGAACCUCUCACAACAGCGUGUGGGCAUACGUUCUGUCGGAGAUGUGUUCAUCGGGUUCUUGAUCAUACAAACAUAUGCCCUGUCUGCAGGCGGACGAUGUCUACUCGACCGGGUAUCAGUGCUCAGUGGGUAGAAUCUGGCACUCAGCAAUCGCCAUCCAAUAUCCUGAUUAUGAAGAUUUUGGCAGGCCUUUGUCCCGAAGCGGUAGCUGAGAGAGCAGAAGCCGCUCAAGCAGAGUCGACCACUGUAGGGGAGCUCGAUACGCCUCUGUUUAUCUGCACGUUGUCUUGCCCAACUAUGCCGACAUUUCUGUUCAUUUUCGAGCCUAGAUAUCGUCUAAUGAUCCGACGCGCCGUUGAGAGUGGUGGUGGCAAUUUUGGCAUGCUCCUUCCAAACAGAAAAGGGAAAGAGCAAGGAGAUCUGGGCGUCGCUCCCUUCUAUCAAUACGGGACACUUCUCCAUAUUAUCGACGUGCGACUCCUGCCAGACGGCCGAAGUAUGAUUGAGACAGUUGGAGUGUCCAGGUUUCGGGUUCUCAGAUAUGGAGAAUUAGAUGGCUAUACUAUCGGCAAAGUGGAGAGAAUAGACGACAUCAGCUUUGCGGCCGAAGAAGCCCUCGAAGUCGCUGAUAUCACAUCUUCAACAACUACACGCACCCUUUCAGCAGAAGAUCACUUUGGUGCACCGCCUCAUCACGUUGCAUCUCAUUCCACUCAUCAACCACCCAUACUCCCGGAUUUCAACUCAAUGUCUACGCAAGACUUGAUGAAGAUUGGUCGGGCAUUUGUAAAAAAGUGGCAGGACAGUAGCGCGGGAUGGCUCACAGAUCGAGUCUACACAGCAUACGGAGAAUGCCCUGAGGAUCCAGCUCUUUUUCCUUGGUGGUUUGCCACGGUGCUUCCCAUCGACGAGUAUGUGAAAGUAGAUCUGCUUCCGUUGACCAGCGUGAGGGAACGGUUGAAGAUGUGUGUAGGGUGGAUGGUACAAUUCGAGACGAGCAAAUGGUACGCACUCCUCUUUUCUCAAUCCCGUUGA